CAUGAUGCGUGUGUGCGUCUGCUCUUUAAAUUCAGCUGCACGGAUGCAGACGCUCACAUCUGGAGGACCCAGUGCUCUGACAGCCUACCGCUGACUUUCCACUGAGAGAUCAGACAGAGCCAUGUACAGAUCUGAGCAAACAGCGAGACUUCUCCUGAUAAUGUGUGUGUGGGGAAUUUUCCCGCUGCCGGUAGAGCAGUUACCCGUUCGAGAGGGUUUCAAUCUGCUGCUGUAUCCAGUAUCGGUGAUGGGGCCGUACGGAUCUCACACGGCUCUGAAACCAGUGACUGGGACUGAGCAGAUCACACAACGCAGCCAAAAUCCACAGGCAAACCACAGCAAGAUCAGCCCUCAAAGUUUGUCCAAGCCUUUACAUGCAAACAGUGCAUUUCUGCAGCCGGACCCCGUCCAUGGCCCUGACCUUCACACUGUCCCAUCUGAGUCUUUGGUUAUGCAGGAGCAGAUGUCAAGUUUCAUACCUAUGAAAAACAUCCCUCAGCAGGUCUAUUUAUUUGUCCAGCAGGCUGCAAUUUCAGAUUCAGGUAGUUCAGAGGAAGGAGCUGCUGCUCAGGUGAUUUAUAUGGUUCCUGUCAGUGUGGAUUCACCCAACAUGAGUGUGAUGGAGGGCAACAUGCCCAAUCCCGACCCAGGACACCUGCAGGUCCCGGCCAGCACUCCUGCUGUGGCCACUGCGGCACGGCUGGACGCUCAGGGACAGCUGGGGAAAACUGUGGGGACAGAAAGAGCCAUGCAGACACGUUCUGGGAGAGAAAGGCCUCUGACCACAAGCUCUCCACAGGAAACACACCAGCUGAUCAGAAAAUGAAAGGCCAUUCACUGAUGCUUGGAAAUUGUAGUGUGCAGAAUUGUAAAAUAACUUGUUUCAGCCAUAAAACACCUCUAUAUUCAAUGUGGUGUCAUUAUUCAGUAAGCACGUUUAUUAGUUUCAGCUUAAUCUAUACAAUGAAUAUUAGUUUUCUUUUAAGCCCCAGAUCAUAUCAUAUUUAAUUCUCUUCACUGUGACUGUAGUUCAGAAGUGUUCCCAACAAUCGGCACAGUUUUAAAUUCAACUUCUCCUUUUAUACUUUGGAUAUCAAAAAGAAACAAGUAACAAAGAAACACUGAGUGUUGAUUUAUUUAAGGCAACAGAGGAGGUGAAUUUUGUCUGAUUACACAAUGAGACACAACCAGAAAAACAAGACGAAUGAGCGUUGCAUGUGGACAGAAUUGUGCUUAUCAUGUUUCUGUUGUUUGCCUUUGAAUAACACUGCAGUAAGAUCGAACAUCUGAUUGUCGUUUUCAGGAUGUGAGUUACUGUGAGAACUUGGCAUUUCCUCUUGGUGUGUGUGACCUUUGACCUCAUUCAUUUCCAUUCAGUGGAUUAGUUUAUUUACAUUAAAGUCUGGUGCCGUCCUGUAU